AUGGCUAGUAGUAGUGGGAAACAAGUAUUUUGCAUCUUUCAUGUUAAAGGGCACUUUGUAAAGACCUUAGAAGGGAAAUUUAUUUAUGAAGGGGGCAUCAUUACUGGAAGAUUGAUUAGAGAAGGGAUGACAUAUGAAGAACUACAAUGCAUGGUAGCUCAUGAUGUGUGGCCAGGGACUUGUGAAUAUAAAAUGAAGUACACAGUUAGCUUUGACAGGGACACAUUCUUGGAUCUUGUUGAUGAUAUUGGUGUUGGACAAUUAAUUGAGUACAACAAUAGUAGUGGCCAUGUUUAUGUUUGUGAGAAUGAGAAAGACUUCACACAAGUGUCACAGCUGGACAGUGUACAAGAGUUAGAUGAUUUGGUUGGCCCUUGUGGAAUCUCAGUAUCUCCAAUUGAAUUGGAUCUAGACACAGACAACAUAAACAUAUCUCCCGUACAAGAUGUGCCAACACUGAUAGAAAGUGUAGGUAUGGAAAUGUUGCCAACCCCAAUAGCAGUGAUGAAUUCAUCAAAGUGGGCAGAUUUGUUGAUGUCAAGAGGGCAAACCUUUGUUAGUGCUGAACAUUUUAGAGAGGCAUUAUAUAAGUAUAGCCUUGCACACAAGUUUAGUUACUGGUAUGUAAAGAAUGAUAGGCAUAAGAUGAUUGUGAAGUGCUGUGUAGAUGGUUGUCCCUGGGAAAUUUCAGCAUAUGGUGUAGGCGAGAAGAAUGGAUUCCUAGUUGUGAGAAGAUUUAACUGUGAACACUUGCAUUAUGCACAAGACAACUUAGUUGUCCCUCAGAGAAAGAGGUGCAAACUUGCUUCAAUAGUCAUAAUAGAUGAGUUGAUUUCUUGCAUGCACAAAGCUCCAAAUGACAUUAGACGGGAUUUGGAAAGAGAGUAUGGAUUGAGCCUCAACUACCAACAAGCAUAUAGGGCGAAAGAGAAAGCAUUGGAAAAUUUAUGGUUGUCCGCAGGAGUCUAUAUGCUAAUCCCUUGGAUAUGUGAAAGGCUAAAGGAAAAAGGGUUUUUGAAAGGUGGUAGACCUAUAUUAUAUGUGGAUGGAUGCCACUUGAAUGGUCCGUACAAAGGAACGUUAUUGGGAGCACAAGCAUAUGACGCGGAUAAUGAAUUAUUCCCACUUGCAUAUGUGAUUGUUGGAGGUGAGACGCUUGAUGACUGGGCAUGGUUUCUUGGUAACAUAAAGGAUAUUACGGGAUCAUUAGAAGUGACAAUAGUAUCAGAUAGACACAACUCAAUAAAAGGUGCAGUGCAAGUUGUGUUUGGAGGAGAUCGACAUGCUUUUUGCUACCGUCAUGUGAAGGAGAAUUACAGUGCUGAGUUUUUGAAGAUAACCAGGGGAAAGAGGAGGACCAGCGGACAGACAAAGGAAGUUGCACUAAAAUUACUUGAUUCUAUUGCAUACGCAAGACUUGACAGAGACUUUGAUCGCAGUAUGGAAAAGCUAAUGGCAUUUUGUCCAGAAUUAGGACAAUGGCUUCAAACAAAUGGAGACAUUGAGCGUUGGGGACAAAGAAAAUUUCCUUACAAGAGAUGGGACAAUAUCACAACAAAUCUAGCUGAAUCCUUUAAUGCUUGGCUUGUUGGUGAGAGGAAGCACAACAUAGCUGUCUUGAUACAUGAGCACAGGGAAAAAUUAGCAAACAAGAUGUACCACAGCAAAGAAGCCACGAGGAAUUGGACCAGUGGUGUGGGACCUAAUAUAUAG